AUGGCCUCUGCUCUACCAGGUUUUCCCCGGACAGUGUUCACCAUUUUAGAACCCCUGUCGCUGGUCGCAGGGUUCCUUGGAGUCGUCGUAAACCCGGACAAGUUUGUCGCUGAUCAGAUAAUCCGGCAGACCCCGCUUCUGCACUCGGACAAUGGUCGCAUGGUGACUUUGCAGCUGGGAAACCUCUACCUCCUGCUCGCCAUGAUCGGUGUCGCGGUCUUGUCCUCCACGAGCGAGAUCAGAGUAGUACGGAACUACCUCGUCGCGCUGUGGGUGGCCGACCUCGGGCACUUGUGGGCUUGUUACCAUGGUCUGGGGUAUGGCAAGUUUGUCGAUGUUGCGCAGUGGAACGCCAUGACAUGGGGUAACGUCGGCGCGACUGUCAGCAUGACUACAUUCCACCUACUGCAUCGAUGCCUGCUGACUGAUGAUGCAGGCCUUCUUGUGCCUGACUCGAACGGCGUACCUGCUUGGGCUCUUUGGCCCAGAUGGUCUGCCUCAGAAGGUGGCAGUGAAGCGACAUUAGACGAGUUGGUUUUCCUUGAGGCUUCCGAAGCCAGGAUCAAGUCUGCAGGGUUGUGUUUGCUAGCCACGACACCGCGGCAAGUCGAGACGCACAGAACGACGGGGCAUUGCGAGGCGGAGUGGGCGAUGACCAAGCUGGAGUGUGAGGAAGGCGCAGGGCCAGCUACCGCGAAGAAGACGAUAUAG